AUGGCGUCAAGUUCGGACGAAGGCGAGAUCGUCGAGAAUGUCGCUGAAGAUUUGAAGGCAACUUCACUGCAGCACACUGGAGGAAGCUGUGUUGACCGUCAAGACAGACAAAAAAGUAGACUUUCGACUCCGGACCACGACUCGGCUUCUAGAUACAGCAACAAUUCACGACGAAGUAUUUCACCCCGUGGUUACAAGCGAUCGCAUGACGAAAGAGAAAGAGAUAGAGACCAUCGGAACCCCAGAACCCGCGAUCAAGACCACAGGAACUUUCGCAACAACUACGAGGAUGCUCGACGCGACGACCAUCGUAAGCCUCGUGGACAAUACGAUGACCCCGACCGACCUGCUUCGCGCGGAUCCAACUAUAACCACGGUGGCCGCGAUCGGAGCCGUGACCGAGACAACUACCGCGAUGGGGACCGAGAUCGGUAUUCCAACAAACGACCUCGAAACAGGAGUCGCUCUCCUAACAGAUCCCGACACGCAGAUAGAGGCAGGUUUGAUCGUUUUGUGAAGGAAGGCCAACACAAUCGUCGCGACGAUGCGCCAAGGGGGCUCAAGUAUGACGACAGCUAUCGGGAUGGCGGUUCUAUGUCCAAGAGGACAACUGUAGGAGAGGCUUCACGCGCCCAAGGAUAUGAUGCUAAACCUGGUCAAGGCUUUACCAAUGGAUAUGGCCCCUCCAAGACUUCUCAGCAACAAUCAGCAGCUCAGAAAGAAGCCGAACGAAAACCGGAGCCUGAACCUGAGCCCGAAUACGAUGAGCCUGAACCUAUUGACGAAGAAGCUGAGAUCGAGCGACGCCGCAAGCGACGUGAGGAAAUCAUGGCCAAGUCCAGUUCUGCUACUCCUUUAUUGCUUCAUGCGGUAGGUGCUGCAGCGAGCAAAGCCCACGCGGCAUCACCUGCAUCUACAGUGCCCGAUACGCCCUUGAGAACGCAAUCCGAGAUUGCAAGUCCUCGAACUCCUCGAUCAGAUGUCGCAUCACCUCGCUCGCCUGUAUCGCAUGGUGAAAUGUCCCCAGGAGGCAUUAACCUCCUCGAUGAUAAGCAAUUGAUGAACAGUCACGGAAAGGCUCAGGCAGACGAUGAAGAUGGCCCCUCUGCAGCUGACUACGAUCCUACUGGGGACAUGGAGGAGGAUGAACGACGAGACGAGCUUCGACACGGGCAUGUCAUGCUUCAUGGUGAGCAGCAUCCCAUUGCAACGGAACAACAGCCACAGGAAGAAGUCCAAACCAAGCUUGCCGAGAAAGCCGGCGGCGAUGGCGAUGAUGGGGACGACGAUUUCGAUAUGUUUGCCGAAGACUUCGACGAAGACAAGUAUGCGACCAAACCCGUGGAGCCCGUGGCACCUGUCGAAGGUGAUGGCAAAGCCCCUGACGUCCCAGCCAUCAAGGGAGGUAUUCUCGAAGGUGAUGAUAAAGAUGGCUAUUACAAGAUUCGCAUUGGUGAAGUCUUGAAUGGUCGAUACCAGAUCCAGGCAGCACUUGGAAGGGGUAUGUUCUCGGGUGUAGCUCGCGCUGUCGACAUAACCACAAAGCAGGUCGUUGCUAUCAAGAUGAUGCGAAACAACGACGCUCUCCGAAAGGGAGGUUAUACCGAGAUUGCCAUCUUAGAGAAGCUCAACGAGGCCGAUCCCGAGGGUCGCAAGCAUAUUAUCAAGUUCGAACACCAGUUCGACUACAAGGGUCACCUAUGCAUGGUUUUCGAGAACCUGAGCAUGAACUUGCGCGAAGUUCUGCGGAAGUUUGGUAACAAUGUGGGAAUCAACCUUGGAGCGACUCGAGCAUACGCGUACCAGAUAUUUGUUGCUCUAGCACAUAUGCGAAAGUGCAGCAUCAUUCAUGCUGAUCUCAAGCCCGACAAUAUCUUGGUGAACGAGACCCGAAAUGUGCUCAAGAUUUGUGAUUUGGGUACUGCUAUUGACAAGACCGAUGCAGCAACAGCACAUAUGGACCUUACACCUUACCUGGUCAGUCGAUUCUACCGAGCACCGGAGAUCAUCUUGGGCAUUCCUUACGACUAUGCCGUUGACAUGUGGUCCAUCGGCUGCACACUUUAUGAGAUGUACACGGGCAAGAUCCUCUUCGCUGGCGACAGCAACAACCAGAUGCUCAAAGCCAUCAUGGAGAUCCGAGGCAAAUUCACGCCGAAGCUGUUCAAACGAGGCCAGCUGUCGCCCGCUCAUUUCGACGACAAGGGGCAAUUCGUCAGCAUUGAACGAGACAAGGUUCUCGGCAAGACAACCGUUCGAACCAUGGCUGUGGUGAAGCCAACGCGGGACCUGCGGACAAGGCUCACGGCUGCGUCGGGAGGGAUGAACGAUGCUGAGACGAAGGAUCUUAAUAACUUUAUUGAUCUUCUCGACCACUGUCUUACACUCAACCCAGACAAGAGGAUCAAGCCGGCUGAUGCACUGCGCCAUCCGUUCUUUACCUCGCGGGCGGGGCAUGUACGUCGAUGA